AUUUCCAAUUUCCAAUUUCCAAUUUCCCUCCUUGAACUCUUUUUUUUUUGUUUCUCUCUCUCUCCUCUAAUCUCUUCUUCCCGUUCCUCCAGAUCCUGUCCAUCUCUCAAAACUCAAAAGUUGGUGGAUGGCAAGAACGAACAAAUACACCUCUCUGAACUUCAACGACAUCUACGAAAAGAAAAUCAUCACUCCCAACUCAACCACCUCAACCACUUCCACCUCUUCAAGAUCACCGUCUUCUUCUCUCUCCUCUCACAAAUCCUACUCUCUCUCCGCCUCCUCCCGCCUCACCCAUGGCGGCAUGCUCCUCCUCUCUCGCCCUUCCCCUAAACCCCAUCCACAGCCGCAACCACAACCACAGCCUCAGUCUCUAGCUUCUUCUCCUCCGUCCUUGAAAUCAUUCGAUUCCAACUCUAUAUCUCUCCGUCCCCAAGGGAACACCGGGGGAACCCCUGGCUUUCAGGAGAGAGAUAAUAAUAAUAAUAAUAGUAAGGCGGAUCAUCCCAGUCCCAGUCCCAGUCCCAAGAGUAAUAAGUUUGUUCCUCCGCACCUCAGACCUGGUUUUGUAGCGAAGGAGGUCACGGCUGUGGUUCCCGACUCUAACAAGCCUAAACAGGGGACUUAUCGCCCCGGUUCAGCGCAUGCCAAUUAUCAUGGAUCGCCUGUUCGUUAUGCUGAGGAUGCGCGCCCCAAGUCGGGGGGUGGCUAUGAAAGGAGGAUGAGACCACCUGGACCCGGCCCCUGCCCCGGACCCGGACCCGGAUUUGUUGGUAGAUCCGGUGGUAGUCGACCCAGUACUAGUGGAUGAUUUUAACUGUACUCGUUUCAAAGUGUGGAGCUGAAGGAACUUUGAAGUUCAGGAGUCAUAUCGACAAGAUUGGUUUUGGAAUCAGAUGGUGUCAGAAACGGUGUUGUAUGAGAAAGAGGCUUGAUUGAUGAUCCAAUGGCUUAUCUGUUGGCGGGGUGAUCUGGUCUUGCUGCUAGACAGGACGAUUCACAAUUGCAUAAACCUCUAAAUUGUAGAAUCGAUGUCCUAGUUAAUUUUAAUUUUAAUUUUAAUUGAUUUAGAUUCUGAUGAACAAUGUUUCUGACUUGGUUCUGAAACUAUAUGAUAAUGUACUUAUGUCCUUGUACACCCUGUGAUAUUAGUGCUGGGGAUUUCAUAUUUGUGUAACAUAACUGUUUGACAACUUGACAAAUAUAGAAGCAACUAUGUCCUUUUUCCA